GAAUAAGGAACCGGGUGAACCAGGAAAAAAAUAAAUCAGGCAUCUUACCCUCUCGACAAACAAACGUUAAGGAUCAAACCAGGGAUGAAAAUGUUUUUCAUAUGAGCCUGGUAUGAUCUCUCCUCAGUACUAUUUACACUGGAAGAAAAAAGGUCUGUCCAUUGGCAGAUGGUAUGGUCAUUCCACUUGGCUUCCCUUGAAAGAGGCUAACUGUGUGGCAGUAUGUCAAAUGGGAACCAGUCCUGCCUAUUUGGUGAUGGAGCAUAUUUUGUGGUCUGCAUCUUUCAUGCAUUUGAAGAAUGGUCGGGAAUAGGACCUGUGGAAGUUUAUCUGAGCUAUCUGGAGUACCUGGCCUGGGUUUUUACCCCUCUGGUUGUCGUCUUUAUCUUACCCUUCCUCAUUGUGAUCCUCCUGUACCUCUCCAUCCUCUUCCUCCAUGUGUACAAGCACAAGAACCAGCUCAGGGAGGCCUACUCCAACAACCUGUGGGAUGGUGCUAGAAAAACGCUGGCAACUUUGUGGGAUGGCCAUGGGUUCAUAUGGCAUGGAUAUGAAAUCCAUGGUAUGGAGAAGAUUCCCAAUAAAGGUGCAGCUCUUAUAGUGUACUAUCACGGGGCUAUCCCAAUCGACUAUUAUUACUUCCUGGCAAAUGUCAUCAUUCAGAAGGGACGGAUUGUCCACUCCGUCGCUGAUCACUUUCUGUUCAAAGUUCCAGGGUUCAAGCUGCUGUUGGAGGUGUUCAGUGUGAUCCAUGGACCACAGGAGGAGUGUGUGAAGGCACUGAAGAGUGGCCACCUCCUGGGCAUCUCACCUGGAGGCGUGAGGGAGGCCCUUCUCAGUGAUGAGACCUAUCCGCUGUUGUGGGGAAAGAGAAAGGGUUUCGCACAAGUGGCUAUUGAUUCUAAAGUGCCAAUAAUUCCAAUGUUUACUAAAAACGUCAGGGAAGGAUUCCGAUCUCUUGGAAAUUUAAGGUUUUUCAGAUGGUCCUAUGAGAAGUUCCGUGUACCAAUGGCCCCUGUCUAUGGGGGUUUUCCUGUGAAAUUUCGUACUUACCUUGGAGACCCGAUCCCAUACGAUCCUAACAUUAGUGCAGCUGAAUUAGCGGAAAAGACCAAGCAAGCUGUUCAAGCACUCAUUGAUAGACACCAAAUAAUUCCUGGGAAUGUCCUAAGAGCAUUACUGGAGCGAUUUCACUGCAGACAUAAAGAAAAAUAGCUUUUUUGUAUAUCUUUAAUGAAUAAUAUUGUCUGUUACAUGAAGGAGUACGUUUUAAUUCAAAUUGUUACCUACCAAUAUCAUCAUCAUCUUGGGAUCAAUUGAAUGGUUAAUGGAUAACUGGUAUCUGAUAUUUAUCUUAACUGGUAUUCAUGUUUCUUGUAUUGAGCGUUUUGCACUAAACAAUUGGUACUGCAGGUAAACUGUGAAGGUGUAAUACAUUGUACAAUUAUAAUUAUAGUUGGUUAUUUUCAAAUGUGGUUAUUGAAGAAACUGUAUUUCAUUCUUUUCUAUUUCUGCAUGUUUGUGUACAGUAUAGUUUCAGGACACUAUUGAUUUGCACAACAUUUUCAAUGUACUACUGCCAACCAUUUCAGUUUAAGAGGCCUUUCCAUUCCUAAACAACUGCAAAUAAUGGAACAAUAUAGCACUAGCUAUACAGGGAGCAAUACAGGGAAGGCAACUGGGCAGUUUUAUAGUCUUUUAACUGUUUAAAAUGUUAGCCUUUAGAUUUGAAUAAAUAUUUUAAAGGGGUUUUAUGUAUGAUUUUAACUGUCCUACUAACAUACGAUUCUCCCCGUAACCCCUUCUCCUACGUCCUUUCAUACAUAAACACAUGUAUAUACAUAGAUUGAUAGAUAUAAAUAUAUCAAGUGAAUGGGUGUGUCCAAAGUUUUUACU